GCAAGUGUGAGAGAGUGAGGAGGAGGGGCGGGAUUUCUAGUUUCAUUUCAGGAAAUCGUGUAACGUUUAGCUUGGGCACAGACGUCUGCAAGUGUAAAGGAGGUUUGUAACUUGGGAAAGCUACAAAAAUGGGAUCAAGGAAAUCAAAACCACAGCCUACACCAGACUUUGAUACACCGUGGAGGGACAUGGACUGGAACGAAAAGGAAGAUUUGGAAGCCGAGUUAACAAACAUUCAGCUGAACCAUCCAGAGCUCAGACGUGUCAGAAUCCUGCUUCAUGGACCAGUAGGAGCAGGAAAAUCCUGCUUCAUAAACUCAGUGCAAAGCGUCUUCCAAGGAGAGAUUAAAACCAAGGCAUUCGAACAAGCAAAUUCCAAAAAAAGCUGUACAAAAACAUACAAAUCCUACACCAUUACCAACAGAAAUUCUGUGACUCUGCCAUUUGUCUUCAAUGAUGUUAUGGGCCUGGAAACACAAGACGAAGAAGGAAUUCAUCCGAAGGAUAUUGUUAAUGCAUUGCAGGGCCAUGUAGAAGAUGGCCACAAGUUUAAUCCUGUUUCUCCCCUGAGUGAUGGAGAUCAAGGCUUUGUAAGAGAACCUAGCCUUGAGGACAAAGUUCACUGUCUGGUUAGUGUUGUGCCUGCAAGUUCCAUCUCGCGAAUGGACACUGGCAUCAUCAACAAGAUGGAGACCGUUAGGAAGGAAGCCAUGAACCUGGGUAUCCCUCAUAUGGUUGUUAUGACCAAGGUUGAUGAUGACGUCUGUCCACUGGUCAAGAAAGAUCUAACGCAGAUCUACAGAAGCAGGAAAAUCAAAGAAAAGAUGCUGGAGUCCAGCCACAGACUUGGUCCACCCAUGAAAUGCAUCUUCCCCGUGAGCAACUAUCAUGAGGAAUAUAACUUGAACGACACCAAAGAUUUUCUCAUCCUAACAGCAUUACUGCAGAUUGUUAAAUUUGCUAAAGAUUAUAUCAAAGAAUACCACAUGACUCAUGAGUAAUCUGCCACACAUUUACUCUUUAUUAAGGAUUUAUGAUGAAAUUCUUGUUGUUAAUCAACUGCUUCUGAUUAUUAUAUGAUUGCAACAUUGAUAUAAAUUCUUUUCAUAUUUGAGCAAUUAUGAUCAUGAAUUCAGCCUAUAUUAUUAUGGAUAGUUUAAAGACACAAACAAGGCAAAUGGGUUAACAGUAUAAAAAUUAUGAUUCAUCUGGAUUAAUCACAUUAUUUUGUGUAGUUAAUCAUGAUUAAUUGAUUUCGUCUUGCUUUGACAAUUUUACACCAAGGAAAGUUUUUUUUUCAUUUAAAAAGCAGUUGAUUUUGUUAUAGCUUCGUGAAUGACAAAUAUAUCUUUCAUCAAAAUGUAAACAUUACUUUGAAUAACUCAACAACGUUAUUUUCAUAGUGCGAAUCCUUGGUGAGGAAGGGUGAACCUGAUAAUAAGGUGCACAAUGUUUCCAAUAUUUUCACACUACUGUCCAGUGAGAGCAACAACACCUGCAUGUUCUCCACUGGGACUGUAGCCUCUCUCUCUCGUACUGUGAACUUGCUUCAAAGGGACCCGGAGCUUUCUUCUUUGCUGUUGCUUUUGUUAGUUUCUCUCAUGCAAGCACUGUCCAGCGUAGUGUGCCAAAUUACUGAUAUUGCUGCCUC